AGCGGUCAACGAGUCAUUGGUUGAAUGUAAGUCCUAAUCUCGUUUCUUAUUUUUCAUCGCCAUUGCUUCCUCGAGCUACCCAAACCAACAAGCAACUAAUCUAUCCCUUUACAAAUAAAUGUUGUAAAGCACUCUCACUUUCCACAACUAUAACUCAAACUCCAACACAAAACGGUUUUCAACAAUGACGCAUCUCCUCCCACAUUCUCUCUGCUACACCACACCCACCUCAUACCUCCAAACUCCGAUUUUCAACCCCUCCCGACUUCACACCUUCGGAUCCUUCACGAUCCGAUGCACCAACCAGUUUCAUCUCCAACUCCGCCAACCUUCAUGCCACCUCCAAAAACGCGUAGCAAUCAGUGAUCUCAAUUUCGACUCUCUCCUUUCAGCGAUGGAGCUAUCCUGCCUGUUUUCAUCAGCGGUUUUUUCUGUUGCUCUGACGGUAAAUGGAUGGAAGAAUUGGUUGAUGACGGUGAGUGGUAACAGAGUUAAUGCUCUGUGGGGGAUUAUGAUAUUGGUGAGUGGUGUUGCGGCUGGGGCGUUGCUGCGGAGGCGGCAAUGGAAGAUGAUCAGUAGAGAGAGUAUGAAAGGUGGAUUGACGGAGAGGGUUGAGAAACUGGAGGAAGAUUUGAGGAAGACGGUGAGAGUUAUUAGGAUUUUGUCUAGGCAUAUUGAGAAAUUUGGGAAAAGGUUCGGGGUUACUAAGGAACCCAUCACUCAGUCUGCUUCUAUAGCACAGAAAAACUCUGAGGCUACCAGAGCUAUAACGGUGCAAUAUGAAAUUUUGGAGAAGGAGAUUCAUGAAAUUCAAAAGGUUUUACUAGCAUUACAGGAACAACAACAAAAACAAUUUGAUGUGAUUCUCUCGGUUAAGCCGCGGAAAAGCAAACGCAAAACUCGCAAAGAGCAAGAUAUUUUACAAACUACUAACUUAGCUGAGGAUGAGGUGAUAAAGCAUGUGGAAGACCGCCCAAUCUGAAUUAUGAGAAGAUAAUUCAUGAAAAUUUGAAGGGGCAAGUCUUGGUAUCUUAUUCUUCCUUUCUUUAUGUAUACAUUGAAUUGUUGAUUAGUCGUUUUCUUCGGAGUUCAUAAUGUUUGCCGUGGAUAUAGGUUAGGAGAAACUACCCGAAACAAUUAGCCAGGAUAGUAUCAAUUGGUUCUUUUUAUUACUUGGGCAUGUACUUUUUGUUCAUGUUUUGUAUAUUUCAUCCUCAAAAUUCAUAAUGUUCAUGCUGUGACGGAUUGCGUUAAUGCCAACAGCCUCUGCAAUAUUUGUAACCAACCCUGGUGUUUGUUUAUGUAUGUAUACCACAUCUUAUCAAACAUUUUUUUCAUGAAAGUUUAGAA